AUAAAAUCAAGUUGACACGUGGUUCACUUGCUCGCAACUUCCGGCCGUGGUCAGUGGAAAAUGGAUUUCGCCGCAUUUGAUAAUGAUAACCCGCUCAACUGUUCGGUUGGCAAUCGGACAACAUUAUUGAUCAGUGCCUACAAUGGCAUACCCGAAACGCUAAUAUUGAACACCAUCUUAUGGGUGUUACUCAUCCUCUUGUUUACGAUGCUACGUCAUCAGGCGAGCGAUUACCGUUUGGCUUUGGUCAACACCAAUGGCACCAAGAAGCGCUGGACGGAAAUCUUUUAUUCGCGUGCCGCAAGCGUUGUGGAACCGCAAGCGGGCACAUCCACGCACCCCCGGUCGAGUGUUGGGUCAAAUCAGUCACAAAAUACGGACUCUACGCCCCUUUCGCCCAUUCAAACCGAGCCGAGCAUAUUCAAUUGGAUACGUGUGACGUUUAAGCUGCGCAAGGAGACCAUUUUGCUGCACUCUGGCCCGGAUGCGGUGCACUAUUUGUCGUUCCAACAGCAUUUGAUGGCUGUUAUGGCACUGGUCACCAUCAUCUCGGUGGCCAUUAUAUUGCCCAUUAACUUUUUACACGGAUCCAAUUACGAUGGGCAAUCAUUUGGACGCACCACAAUGGCCAAUCUGAGUGGGAAUUCGGCAUGGCUGUGGGUGCACACCAUAAUUACCAUAUUGUAUAUACCGCUAGUGGUGCUCAUCAUGCGACGCUCCUCCGGACGCAAUGCCUUUAAAAAGGCAGCAACGCGCACCAUCAUGAUAUCCAAUAUAUCCAAUAGUGACCGCAACAAGACCGUUAUACGCAACUAUAUGCAGGAACUGUUCCCGGAUGUGACCAUUGAGACGGUCAGCAUUGCGUACAACAUUUCCCGUCUGUAUGUCCGCAAUGGGGAGUUUGAGCGGGCGCACGAGGCACGUGUAUAUUGUGAGCAUCAUCGCGAUCGGGACACGUUGAUGGCCAAGCCGGAGGUGUGCUCGUGCAAGAAGGAGAACGCCUACGAAUAUUAUCAGCGAGAGGAGCGUAAAUUAUCCGGCGAUGUGGCACGCUUGCGUGCGUCGACAAUGAACGAACCCUUGGACAUUGCAUUCCUCACCGUGUCCACGGUGCAGGAGGCACAGAAUAUAGUCACCCACUUUACGCCCGGCACAUACAGGCAGUGGCAAAUAAUGUUUGCCCCAUCGCCAGAUGACAUCUUCUGGGAGAAUCUCAAUGUGAACAAAAGCCAUUGGUAUUUGAAAUUCGUUUGCGUGAACGUUGUGCUCUUCAUUGUGCUCUUCUUCCUGACCACACCGGCCAUGGUCGUCAAUCUGUUGAAUAGUCGUCCGUGGCUUAAGGAAACUGAAUCAAAAAUUUCACCACUCAUCUCUGAGUUCUUGCCCACGCUGAUGCUGUGGACACUGUCCGCCCUGAUGCCAGUAAUUGUUUCGAUUUCGGACAAAUGGAUGGGUCACUAUACGCGCUCCAAGCAGAACUAUUCGAUCAUGACCAAGUGCUUUGGGUAUCUGCUGCUGAUGAUCCUGAUAUUGCCCUCGUUGGGCCUGACAUCGGCCCAGGCGCUCCUCGAAUGGGGACUAACGAAUGAAACGUAUCGCUGGCAAUGCAUUUUCUUGCCGGAUCGUGGCUCGUUCUAUGUGAAUUAUAUUAUAACCGCUGCGUUUAUUGGUACAUCCUUGGAGCUGUUGCGUUUCCCCGAACUGAUUGUCUACAUUUGGGCACUGCUUAAGGCCACCUCGAAGGCGGAGACACCGUACAUCCGCAGAUCGAUAUUGAUCGAGUUCCCCUUUGGCAUACACUACGCCUGGACAACGCUCGUCUUUACCAUAUCGAUUGUGUACAGCGUAUUCUGCCCACUGAUAAUGCCCUUUGCCAUGAUAUACAUUUGCCUCAAGCAUAUGGUGGAUCGUUACAAUCUGUAUUUCGCAUAUGGACCCUCGAACAUGAUAUCACGUAAGGGUGGCAAAAUCCACUCCACAGCUGUCACAAUGACCAAGUUCUCGGUACUAAUAUUGGUCCUGGUGAUGGCCAUGAUAUGCUAUUUCCGUGGCGAUGAAGGCAUGGCUAAAUUCUUAAUUUUAAUCAUCACGUUGGCCAUUACGGUCACGUUGUUCAUCUUCAUGUCGCCCAUCAAGCGCUGUGCGGCUACGCGACGCCCCAGUAUUGUGGAAAUAGCUGGCCCCGCACCCGCCUAUAUACCCGAUGUGCUGAGAGCACACCCGCAAACGAGCGCCCGUCCCUCGGUAACCGGCUUUGGUGGUUAUGGAUCGGACAAUGUAUCCGAUUACGACAGCUCUCAAUAUAGCGUUAACAGCGUGGAGGCGUAAGGCGUAAGGCGUCUUUCGUCGAAUUUCGUUCUUUGUUUUUGUGUUCGUUUUCGUUUUGGCUAAAAUUAGAGUCGCAAUUAUAAGCAAUCGCAGAUUUUGGCAAUGCAAUAUUUUUGUAUAAGAUUUUUAAUAAGCCGCUGAUAACUUUCCAAGUACUGUUAAUUGUGCAAUAAGCAAUUGUGUGCAAAUUGAUGGAAAAUGUGAUACCAAUUAGCGUCGAUGUUUGCGUCUGAGUUCAGUUAAAGUACGUUUUUAAAAAACGUUUCCGGCUGCGCCUAAAUCAUAAGUGUAAUUUGUAUUUUGUAUAUAUGCAUAUCUUUUCUAACCAUAAUCCUAAUUUACCUACUCUUUAUAAUUAUUUGUAAUUUCAAUUGUAAAUACUAAAGUAUUUUUUAUCGCAGAUUGAUUAUAACCAGGAUACAUAUAUAUUCCUAACUAUAGCCACUACAAUUUGCAACUAAAAUUUCUAACAUAUAUAUAUAAAUAUACAAGUGUAUUUCUGUACUUUAAGCAAAAUAGUUAAAAGACAACAAAACACACAGUACAAUAUGAGAAAUUACACAUAUUUUGAUGUUGUAUGUCGGUCAAAAGUUGAGUAUUAGAUUUCAAUCAAAUACGCCGUAUUUACCUGAAAAAUCAGAACUGGACACUAAUUUUGUUUAUUUACCCAAAAAUGUCAAAUAAAAACAAUUUAGGAUAGUAAAUGCGGUUCUGAUUUGGAUACCGAUGCAGAAUUAUGAUUACUAGCUUAUUUAGUUGAAUGCUAUUUAAUUCUCCUGGGAUAAUAUUAGCCCAAAAAUAAAUCAUAUUUUGGUGUCUUCUCCUUUAAGUCAAAAGAUAGCAGGCUGGAUAUUGAUAUAUUGAUAUUUUACUAAAAAUAAAGUAUGGACAACAAAUUUA